ACCAAAAACAUGAACAAAACGUUCGUCGUAAUUAUUGAUACUUAGCAAUAUUCUAACUUCUAGAAUAUGAAAUCCAAUGUUCCCGGAUUUUGUUUUCUGAAAAUGUGGCAAUCGGCAGAAAAACGAAAUACGUUCUUAUGUCUCCUCUGGUGCUGACUGAGAAUCGGGCUUUUAAAAUGGCGUCCUCGUCUGCCAGUUCAAAAGGAGUAAAUCUGGUCGAAAAUUUUUGCGCUGUCACAGGAGCUGAUGCAAAUGUUGCGAAGCAAAUGUUGGAAGCCUGCAACGGCAACCUCGAAAUGGCCAUCAACAUGCACGUUGAUUCCGAAUGGACUGCGCCGUCAAAUUCAGUGGCCGACGCAACCGCACUGGCCUCCAGCUCGGAUAUGCCCCCGCAUCCGGCAAAUGCAGACGACGACGUACGACCUCCCAUUCCGCCGGUCCGAGAGGUUUUGGUGGAAGGUUCGUUUCCGUAUGGGUACCACGUUCCACGAAGAGCCACCUACAGCGUCUUUGACGGCUUCCGGGACUUCCAGGCUGAAAUGAGAUUACAGGAGGACAAAAUGCUCCACGGAGAGGAGAGUCCCUCGUACAAAAAACGCAAAACAUUGGAGGACCUCUUCAGGCCCCCUCUAGAUCUUAUGCACAGGGGAUCUUUCGAAUCGGCGAGGGAGGUUGGCAGGACAAAGAACCGCUGGCUAAUGGUGAAUGUGCAGAAUGUGCAAGAGUUUGCCUGCCAGGUGCUCAACAGGGACGUCUGGAGCAAUGCCACCAUCAAGAGCAUUGUCUCUGAACACUUUGUCUUCUGGCAGGUUUACCAGGACAGCGAAGAAGGUCAGCGGUACGUUCUCUUCUACAAGGUGGCCGACUAUCCUUACGUGGCGAUUUUGGACCCGAGGACAGGAGAGAAAGUACUCUCUUGGAAUCAGGUGGAUGCUGUCAAAUUCUGCGAUGCUGUGACAGAGUUCCUCGCCGAGCAUCCGACUCCCGACGGCUCGGCCGUCAUUCCUCCAAAGAAAAAGAUUAAAUCGGCUCCAGAGAAGCCCGAGAGCAUUUUCGAGGAGAGCGAGGAGUCUCAAAUGAGGGCGGCCAUCGAGGCAUCGCUGCGAGAGGGCAGCCGCGUGCAGGAGCCCAUAUCGGACGACGACCAGAGCGACCUCGAGACGUUCGAUUCGGACACCGAGAGCGGCGUGACGCAGCUUGCAGCCGUGCGCAACUCGGCAGCCAAUCACGUCGCACGCGCAGACUCUCCCAUCGACAUCAGCGCCUCCAACAGCAGCGGUGGGGGCAGCAACAGCAAUGCAGCCGUGCAGCCAAAAUUUGACGCCGAGGAGUGGAAAAGGUUCCUUGGGAGCGACCAAGACGAAAAAUCUGAGCUGAUGAUCAGGUUUCCCGACGGAUCAAGAAAAGUGAUGACCUUUCCAAGCACAUCGAAGUUGAAAGCCCUGAUCAGUUUCGCGUCCUGCAGUGGCUAUGACGAAGAAACGCACGAACUCGUCACCAACUUUCCAAGGCGCAACCUGAACAGCCUAGAUCACUCAGCGACUCUUCGCGACGCCGGACUUUUCCCAAAGGAGACCAUCUUCAUCCAGUUGCGCAACUCGUGACAGUUGCAGGACCAGUGACAGUUGCACAACUCGCCUUCUCAACUGCCCGUUUUCAUCGCCGUGCGAGUUGCGUCAAGCUCCGUGAAGACGUCUUCGACAGACAAAGGACAACAGUGCCGGGUUUAUACCGAUCGUGAUGCGAACCCGUUUUGGAAAUUCGGAGCCCACUCCGCUCAGUGGGAACAGGUGACUGGUCGGAAUGCAGGGCUCAAUAAGGCAACUGAAGUGUGAACAGUGUUGUGGCAAACGUUUUUAAAAAUCGGGAUUUAACCACGGAUUUAAUCGCAACACGUGCGGCAUUGUUUGAAGCUGAUUCAGAAAUCAGGAGGCACGCUGGCAGCUUUUAUGCCUGUGCGCCGACAGGAAGCAACUGUCUGCCAACCUCAGGAGCGCAACUUCUUAAAAGAAUAAAUGCAGAUUUAUGAGAGGCGUUUUGGGACGUAUGACGAACUCCCACCAAACGUAAAAA